UAUGUUUGAUGUUUUCAUUGAAAGUUAUACUGUUAUACCCAAAACACGAAUGAUUUCAUUCUCAUUACUUAUAUAGGUGAGAGGAUCAAAGGUAGCUUGUUCGAUGGCAAUGUUUGUGUGGCUCUCAAAUUUCAUCCGUUCGUGGCCUCUGCUAAUGUAUGCUGUGAGUUGGGUGACGGUAAUGACGUUUACGGUGGCAGUUGCUUCACUCUCCACAGAGGUGGCUUUUGUCUUCGCCCUUUCUUCCUCUCACACGUGCAAAACUAACGAUGGUGGUGGGUCUUUCGUUAGAGUUAGAGUUCCGUUGGAAGAGACACCGUGUUUCCCUGCUCACCUUCUCACCAAAUCCAGCAUCGAUGCCAUCGUUCCACCCAUUUUUGCAGCAUUGAUUGUAGCUGCUUGUGCUUGCGUAGUAAGAGCUGUGGGCCUCUGGGAGCAUGAUGAAACCACACACUCUCCUGUUCCCACCUAAUUUUUGCCUUCUUUUUCUCUUACUAAAACUAUUUGUCUCUUUUACCGUAAACAUAAAUAUGUUUUUGUUGUUAAAGAAGGUAUGUAAAAAGAAAAGGGGCCGGAAAAAUACCGUAUGCACUUCAAAAAUACAUAAUACUUUUAGAAAUAUAAGAAAAGAUCAAAUAAAAGUUUUAAUUCUUAUU